UCGGAUUUGUUUCAGCUUGUUGUCGUGUUGCCAGGUUAAGUUCUCGAAAAUUCGUCUACUUUUCACAUUUUUAGAAAGAAAACUUGAAUUAUCAUAAAAAUGGAUAAGCCACAAAUAAUUUUACAUGCACAGAAAUCAAUGAACUACACGAUAUUUGACACUAAAUGGAUUCCAUGCAGUGCGAAGUUCGUUGUGCUAGGGAAUUAUGCCAGAGGGACAGGAGCUCUACAGAUUUAUGAAGUUUCACAUGGAGAUGUCAGCCUCGUCAAAGAGGCAGAGAAAUCUAAAGCUUUUAAAUGUGGAACAUUUGGAGCUUCAAGUCUUCAACAAAGAUUCCUCGCAACAGGUGACUUUGAUGGAAAGAUGGCAAUAUGGAACCUUGAAGCUCUGGAGGUGCCAGUAUACUCUGUAAAGGGCCACAGUGAGAUCAUAAACUGUAUAGACGGUGUGGGGGGCCUGGGGAUUGGGGAGGGAGCCCCAGAGAUUGUCACAGGCAGCAGAGAUGGCAGUGUAAAGGUUUGGGACCCCCGGCAGAAGAAUGACCCUGUAGCCACCAUGGAGCCGGGGGAGGGUGAAACCAAGAGAGACUGCUGGACUGUUGCCUUUGGCAAUGCCUAUACCCCGCAUGAGCGGUGUGUGUGUGCUGGCUAUGACAACGGGGACAUCAAGCUGUUUGAUCUGAAAACCAUGUCUCUCCGGUGGGAAACCAAUGUCAAAAACGGGGUAUGUCAUAUGGAGUUUGACCGUAAAGACAUCAACAUGAACAAACUGGUAGCUACCACCCUUGAGUCAAAGUUCCAUGUAUAUGACACCAGAACACAGCAUCCAACAAAAGGGUUUGCUUCUGUCACUGAAAAGGCCCACAAAUCCACGGUCUGGCAGGCAAAGCACCUUCCACAGAAUAGAGAUGUGUUCAUGACUUGUGGAGGAAAUGGCACAGUGAACUUGUGGAAAUAUAACUACCCAGCUAGCCGUGUAGCCAAGGACAAUGAUGAGGUUGAGAUGGGUGUGGCGGGAACGUUACAGCUUGUGCAGAACACAGUACUCUCCACCCAGCCAAUCAGCUCCUUCGACUGGAGCCCCGACAAGGAAGGGCUUUGUGUUUGCACGUCCUUCGACCAGAUGCUCCGAGUUCUUGUAGUCACGCGGCUCAAGUCCAUAUGAGGUGGAUACAAAGGCUUCAGAAGGACAAAAUCUGGGAAUGAGUAGAAUCUGUGAAAACAAUAUGGUGCAUCUGUCAAGAAUUCUUAAAUGGUCUUAAAACAAACUAUUAUGCCUUGAUUUAGGCUAUGUACGGACCAUGAUUAAAGAUCUGAGCUCUGCAUAUUAUGUGUGAUAUGAGUACCAUUUUGAUAGAAUAUUCUUGUGUUUAUUACAUUCCAAAAUCCAAAGUCAGCAUUGACAUGUCAGAUUAUAUAUAAUUAUGUGUGCCUGAUUUCAUGUUUGUCAUCAAAGAGAUUUCCCAUGCAUUGGGUAUUAUUAUUCGUCAAAUAGUCAUUAUUUUUAUGAAAAAAAUGUUUGAUGUUUAUGUACAUAAUUAUGUUGCAAUGUAAAAAAAAAUUUGCAGGAGUUCUGCAAAGUUAUUAUUUAUUGUGUUCAUGGUUGUAAAAUUAAAUCCUAUAAAGAUAAAACAUA